AUAUUUUUACUGUUUUAGUAUAGAACCUUAAUGACUCAUGUUUCCUGCAUGACUUCCCCACCCGAAAAUCACUCCCUUCUUCAUUACAGUAGUAUUAUUAUUUUUUCUUCUUCUUCUAAUUAAUUAAACUCCCAUGGAAACACAAACCCCUAAUCUCUCAAUAAUGGAUUCCACCAAAAACCAAUAUCUUCAUUCCUUAAAAAAUGUCUCCCUUCUCCUUCUCCUAAUCGCCGGAGUUUUUUCUAUGUCCUACCUCUCUUCUACCUCCUCUAAAUCACUCUUCACUUCAAAAUUACUCCAAUGCCCUUCUCUUUCUCAUCAGAAUGUGAAUGAGGCUGAGACGACAGCAUUGCAUCAAGACAAGCUAGAAGAAGCAUUAGAGAAAGCAUCAAUGAAGAACAAUAAAACAGUAAUAAUCGCAGUGAUAAAUAGGGCGUAUGUGGAAGGUGAAGUAAUGCCGAAUAUGCUUGAUUUGUUUUUAGAGGGGUUUUGGGCAGGGGAAGGAACAAGAGAGCUUGUUAACCAUCUUAUUAUUGUGGCUGUUGAUCAAACGGCGUACGAACGCUGUGUUUAUCGUGGCCUUCAUUGUUAUCGUCUUCAAACAGACGGUGUUGAUUUCAUGGGGGAGAAAGUUUUCAUGUCUGCUGAUUUCAUCAAAAUGAUGUGGAGAAGGACUCUGUUUUUGACUCAUAUCCUUCAAAAAGGAUACAACUUUAUUUUUACGGAUACAGAUGUUAUAUGGCUUAGGAACCCCUUCAAAGUUCUAACCACAAACGAGACUCGAGAUUUUGACAUCCAAUUUAGUACUGACGGUUUCAAUGGCAACCCGUUUUCUACUCGGAAUCCAAUCAACACCGGUUUUUACUUUGUAAAAUCCAACAAUAAAACCAUCGAGUUGUUCGAAAAAUGGUACGGAUUGAAGGAUAACUCUACCGGACUAAAGGAGCAAGAUGUUUUACAAAGAAUGAUAUGGCAAGGUGUACUUACUAAUAUGGGUAUCAAGUCCCGAUUCCUUGAUACCCGAUUUUUUAGUGGGUUUUGUCAAGUAAGUCGAGAUAUUCCAUCUGUUAUCACAGUCCAUGCCAAUUGUUGUCGGUUUAUUAGUGCCAAGGUGGCCGACUUGGGGAGGGUUCUUCAUGAUUGGGCUUGGUUCAAAGUAGCUCCGGCUAAUGUAACUAAUUCUCUUCAAUGGUCCCCACAUAUUGAAUGCAUUAAGUCGUGGCAUAAGAAUGGUUAACACUUAUUUUCGUGGAACUUUGAGUUUACUAUUCACAAAGAUAAAAAGUUACGUUGGUCAUAAGCUUUUUUUUAAAUCUUUUUGUGUACUUUUUCUUAUACAAACGUAAGUUCUUAGUUCAUAUAAAAUGAUCAGUGUUAACAUAGUUAAUAUUGUGAGGAUGUAUAUCACAUAUAGUUAUACUCCAUAGUUAUAGUUAUUGUCAUAUAUAAAAAAAUCAACAUUAUUAGCAACA